CAACAGAAUGGUGUUGUAGAAAGGAAAAAUAGAACUAUAAUAGAGACUGCCAGAACUAUGUUAUUAGAAUAUGGAAGUCCUAAGUUCCUAUAGGGAGAAGCUGUUAUGACGGCAUUCUAUGUAAUAAAUCGGGUACUAAUCAGGAAACAUUUGGGAAAAACUCCAUAUGAGAUUCUAAAACAUAAGACUCCAAACUUAAGCUACUUUCAUCCUUUUGGAUGCAAAUGCUAUAUAUUGAAUACGAGAGAUCACUUAUAUAAGUUUGAUGCCAAAGCUGAAAGAGCAAUUUUUCUUGGAUACUCUAUAAAAGGACAAGCUUAUAGAGUGUACAAUGUAAGAACUAGGAGAGUAGAAGAAUCAGUUUUUGUAAAAUUUGAUGAAUCUGCCUGUUCUGAGAAAGUUGCUGCAGAAAAUAUAGAACUCUUGUUUCCUUUACCAAGUGAGGAUGAGGUAAAGCCAGAGGAUGAGGAGACAAGUGUCAAGCAGGACAGAGAGAUCACAGAAGAACCACCCAGUCAAACAGAAGAAAAAAUGGCGCCUGCCUACAUACAGAAACGACAUACCUGCAUCACAAAUCAUUGGAAAUCUAAAUGAAGGAAUACACACCCGAGGUAAGUACUACCCAGGUCAGUAUGCAUUUGUCUCACUUCUUGAACCAAAGAACUAUAAAGAGGCUUUAACUGAUGAUGAGUGGCUGCAUGCAAUGCAAGAAGAACUUGUACAAUUUGCAAGACUGCAUGUUUGGGAAUUAGUACCGAGACCUUUUAACAAGUUAAUCAUAGGAACAAAAUGGGCUUUAGAAAUAAAACAGACGAGCUAGGGGAAAUAACAAAAAACAAGGCUAGAUUAGUCGCCCAAGGAUACUUACAAGAAGAAGGAAUAGACUUUGAAGACUCAUUUGCACCUGUUGCCAGGAUUGAGUCUACCAGAAUGAUGUGUGCCUAUGCAUGCUAUAUGAAAAUUCCCCUAUAUCAAAUGGAUGUUAAGAGUGCAUUCUUAAAUAGAGAGAUUAAUGAAGAAUUCUAUGUAAGCCAGCUUCCUGGCUUUGUAGAUCAUGAAUUUCCUGAUCACGUUUAUAAGCUAUCAAAGGCAUUAUAUGGCUUAAAACAAGCUCCCAGAGCAUGGUUUGAAAAAUUAUCUUCAUUCCUAAAAACUGAAGGGUUUGCCCAAGGAAACGUGGACAAAACAUUAUUUAUCAAAAGAAAAAACGAAGAUACACUAGUAGUACAAAUAUAUGUCGAUGACAUUAUAUUUGGUUCAACCAGUCCAACUAUGUGCACAAGCUUCUGUGAACUAAUGAAAUCUAAGUUUGAAAUGAGCAUGAUGGGAGAACUAUCACAUUUCUUGGGUCUGCAAAUCAAACAGACAAAUUCAGGAAUGUUUAUAAGCCAAACCAACUACAUAAAAUCUAUGCUCAAGAAAUUAACAUGGAAACAGUGAACUCAUGUCAAACACCAAUGGCUACAAACUUAAAACUAGAUAAAGAUGUAUCUGGUGUGCCUGUAUGUGAGAAGAAGUAUAGGGGAAUGAUAGGAUCACUUCUGUACUUAACCGCAAGUAGGCCAGAUAUUCAAUUCAGUGUUGGGGUAUGUGCUAGAUUUCAAUCCAAUCCUAAAGAAAGUCACUUAAAAGCAGUAAAGCGAAUUUUUAGAUAUCUCAAAGGAACUAUGGAGGUGGGACUAUGGUAUCCAUUCUCUAAUUCCUUUGAACUCACAGGAUACAGUGAUUCAGAUUUUGGAGGGAGUUUAGUCGAUAGGAAGAGCACUUCUGGGAGUAUUCAAUUUCUAGGACCUGCUCUUGUCUCUUGGUUUAGCAAAAAACAAGGAGCAGUUGCACUAUCGACCGCUGAAGCGGAAUAUCUCGCAGCUGGAAGCUGUUGUGCACAGAUUAUGUGGAUGAAACACAGUUAUCAGAAUAUGGAUUUAAACAUCAAAGCAUCCCUGUCUGGUGUGAUAACACAAGUGCAAUUUGUAUGACAAAAAACCCAGUACAACACUCUAGAACUAAACACAUACAAAUAAAAUACCACUUCAUAAGAGACCUAGUUCUAGCAGGCCAUGUAUGCCUACAAUUCAUACCUACUGAACAACAAUUAGCCGACCUAUUCACAAAACCCCUAUCUAGUGAACGUUUUACUCAUCUCUGCACAGAGCUGGGGCUAAAAUCUUUUAACCAAAUCAAAGAUCUAAAAAGAUAAACACUUCAUUGGGUGUGUUGCAAUCUAGGUAUUUUGUUUAUCUUGAUUUACUUAAUGAAAUCCUCUUUUCGGCUCAUGCGUGUCUCUUUCAUCUUUCUUUUUAAUCAUUACUCUUGAUUAAGACAAAAUAGACUCUUCGUAUUCCUCCCUCUCCCGCUCCUUUUCAGUUCGUCUAGUCUAUUUAAACCAGUUUCCUGUUCACAACACUUCACCCUCUUACCACAAACAAGCAAAAACCUUCAAACAAACCAAAAUGAGUGAUCAAUUGCCACGACCCUUUCGUUUUGAUGGGUUGGUCCACACUUACCCAGGCUAUAUGUUUCAUGAGCCUGUGGUAAUAAACCAUCACCGCCACCUUCAGCACUUCAAAAAUAGAAGGUUGCACCACAUAAUUCAACUCGGCCCCUAUGAGUUCAACCUCUAUAAGUACGAUAUCAUGUCCCUUAUAGAAGCUCUGGGGUGGGACUACCUUCUCCGCCAGCCACUCCAUCCAGCCUGUCCCGGAGCAGUCAAGUAUUUCUAUUCGAACCUUCGUUGCCAAGGGGUUAGCACCAGAAGUUUUUCCACAGUUGUCUAUGGUCAUCUCUUGACCAUUCCAGUAGGGGCUCUCAAUGGGAUUCUUGGGUUUCCAUCUCAAGGAAUCGACAUAGCUCACCCAUCAGAAUUCUGGAAGCAAGAUUUCAUCCUACCCACUAAGUACUCCAACUUCUCCACUGAACCCACAGGAGGAAAAGACGUGCCAAUUCCUAUCAGCUGGUUGACUCCACGUUUAAGGAUCUUCCAUCACUUUAUCACUCAUGUUUUCUUCCCUCGAACUUAUAAUCUUGAUGUGGUUCUGCCACUUGACCUGUGGAUCAUUGCGAGCGCCACUGCAGGGCGAAAGCUAGAUUAUUCCAGCCUGCUGUUUGCAAAUCUCCUUCCAGCAGGAGACGAGCACUAUCAAGGACUAUUACCAUUCGGGUCCAUCAUAACUCGACUGCUUAUCAAUCUAGGGAUUGACCUGUCUGACUAUCGAAGCAUAUCACACACCAUGUAUGUGGGUGCUCUCAAUGUGCUAAUGAUCCUAGACCUUCCCACAGACAUUGCUCCUCCACCUCCUCCUCUCCCAUCAUCUUCCAUCCUAGGAGCUCGACCAAAAAAUGCUGGAGCAAACAAAGGGAAGUCUGUUGCUGGAGAGUCCAGCAAAAAUGCCAACCUAGUGUUCGCUGUCUCUGAUGGAAAUUCUUCCUCAGAAGACUCAGUUGCCUCUGCCCCAGAAGCCUCUACUUCUCCUGCCUCCUAAUCUCCCAGCUGUUUCUAAGGGGGGAAUCUUUCUCUAGCUUUAGAUUUCCUUAUGUUUGUUAAGUAGUAACUUUAGUUAAGUAGUGUCUUUUGCUUGCUUCAAGUUAGGUGUAUGCAUGGUCCCAGGGGGAAUUGUUUGUCAAAGGAGUUGGCUCCUCUAUUUUGUAAUCCCCCUGCUAAUUUCGAAUUAAUAUGAUAGUAGCUCCUUUUCUCUCGAGUGCUGCUGUGUUCUGUGUGUUAUUUUUGCAGAAAUCGCCAGACUUCUCGGACGAAGGGGGAAAUUGAAGAAAGGAGGGUGCCGUUCCCAUAAAGCUAUCUAAACGGUGGCGUUUUGUACAGCUAAAACGCCACCAUGAUCACACGACGUCGUCUGGAUAGCAACGGCACAAAAGCAAAGAAUCGUCCUUCCAAGUCUUCAUCGAAAGAUGAAGAUCAUCGAGCUGCUCAAACCUAGCCACCCACCUACACAUUUCCAAGGCUGUUCUUGGCGAUUCUUCCUCAAGAUAUCACCGAAUCCAGAAGGGCAAUGAUGAAAUUGCCAGAGGAGCGUCUAUGUUUCCACCAACGGUCAUCCCUUCCAUUUUAGUAUAAAUCAUCAUUCUCCCUCUUCAAUUGUCGGGUGACCGAGCUUAGCAGAAGAAAACAGCAAAGAGCUU